UGAUAUUAUGAAAGUAGAAGCUGAGAGUAAUAGAUUCGAACAGUUCAGUCGCCGAUCUAUCAAAUAUCAGAACGGAGAAAAAACAAAAUGCCGUGUUUCUUGAGUACGAUUCAAAGCCCGAUCCAAGCAUUCCUCCGACCUGCUGUAUGGAUUCCAGGUCUUAAUAGACUUCACAGUCACAGAGAACAAUGGGUAUCUCUGAGUGGAACAGCAGAUCAGUUGGUAGAUGAUUUAAUCCAGGCGGUGGAUAGAGUUGCAGAGUCUGAUCCAAAGACUACAUAUGCAGUGAAGCAGGUUGACCGAGAGAAACACAAGGUCCAGAUCUACAACUGGACUUGGGCAGAGUGGCUGGACGUUGUUGAGAUUGAAUUCAGGGAUGGUGCAAACGGAGGGGUAGAAGCAAAGUGCUUCUCAUUCUCCAGUGGUUUUCUACCAACUUGGUUCCCACUUUGCUUUCUAUUCAAUGUGUUAUUCUUCUGGCUUCCAUUCUACGACAAUAAAUUCAACUCUACCAGGUUGGAGCGGCUUCGAGUCACCAUGGCAACUGAAUGCAGACUGGUUCCAAAGAAGGACCAGGAAUCGAACGAAACCACCCCCAUCGUAUCGGACAAACGCUCACCUACAUCCUCCCCACCAAGACAGACGUCACCGACUUCCACAGAAGCUACACCCACGGAAACGAAACAUGAUGCCAUGGCAACGGAGCAUUCCCAAGAGGAGGCCAUGCCCACAAACAUGGACAAACCUCCGGCAAAGAAUGAAGCCAGCACAGGAUUUGAAGGUACAGAUAGUGAUGAGGCCUUGAGAACGAGUCGGUCAGUUCCUAGUACCGAACCGGUCAAUGCAUGAAAUGAAACUCAUUUAAAAGGAAGAAUUUUAACUCACAUGAAGGGUCAUACGUUUAUUGCUUUUCAGAAUUUUCAUCAACAGAAAUUCAAGUUAAGUCACCCAACAGUAGGAUGUUGGAGGGUAAUUCCGUGCCAUGUGUCGUUCCGUUAAAAAACAUAUGUAGUUUGAAAUCCAUUGAUUUCAUCCAAAAAUGGAAAUCCAUUGAUAUGACCAUUUAAAUAGCUCUUCUUUUAUCUCUAUCAGUAUUCAGUAGUCAGCGGUCUCAUCAACAGAUUUUUUAUUUAUGGAUGAAAGAAAUGGAUAAAUGUCAUAUGUUGUAAGGGACAUCAUGGCACCGAAUGACCCAGAAAGUGGUCAUGUCGGAGUAGCCUCUCCUGUGUCUUACAUUUUCGAAAACCUUGAUCAUUAAUAAACUUUCCUUCAUAAAGUUUUUGUCAUUGUUCAAUUGGGCAUGACAUAUCUUCCAUUAAAAAAAAAAACAAAUUAACACUGUAUGUUUCUGUUGAAGGAAUACUGGGUAAACUUGACACAUUCAAUUUAAUUCAAUUCAACACUGAAGUUCAAUUAAUGCACUGCAGCCAAAGGCUGAUUUCAGAGUAUUUUACAUUUUUUUAAUACAAAUUCCACAUGAGAUCAUACGAAACAGGAAUUAAAUUGAAAUUUAUAUUGCAUUUACAAAAUAUUGUAGUUAUUACAGUUUCUGAUACUCCCAAUUCAUUAAAAAGGUGCAAUUCGUAAACCAUGUCUAAGAAUACAAAAUAGUAAAAUCAAUUGUUUUGCUGCUGUCUUUAUUAUAGAGUUAAUUGAUAUAUUGAUAAUAUUAAGGUUCAUGUGUUUCCAUGCUUUAAAAGAAAAUAAGAGACUUGUACCAUGCCCAUAUUGCAGUCUAAGUAUCACACUUAAUUCCAAGUUCAACACCUGACUGCAAUCCCAUACUGCUCUAAAAGUAAGCAUGUUUUUAAAAAGUCAGGUAAUUCGCACAUAAUAACAGUGCAAUAGUAUCCCCCAUAAAAUGUUUAAUGGUGUUGACAGUGAAAUAGAAAGAUAUGAUUUUGAACUUGAGCAUACUAAAGUUUAAGUAUGUACACUCACUAUUAUACCGACUGCCUGGA